UAGUUUGUAAAGAGGCUGUCAGCAAAAUAGUAUGCAACAUAGCUUUGUAGUGAGCUAGGAGCAAACUAAAGAAGCUUUAAAGAAAUGUAGUUUCACACAAGCAAGGGGAAGUCACGUGAUGUGGGCAGUAGGACCGCCCAGCUUCCUUCAUGAAAACAGCAAGAUGAACGGAGUAACAGAAGGAAGAAAAACAAGAAAACCAUGCAUUACAAUAGACAAGACAUUGUUCAUCAGGAAAUUUUUAUCGGAAGAAGAAUUUAAUAAUAACUUUAAUACUGUGGAUUUGGUGAAAAACACAUUGGUGUGUUUCAGCCUUGAGGACAAGAAACCACCAUGGAAGCUAUGGGGUUAUGCUUACAACAAUCCAAGAGUUGAGCAUGCGGAGAUAAUUGUUUUACGGGAACUCUCAAAAUUUUUUGGUGCAAAUCCUACAAAAAUUGAGACUGAAUAUAAAAUCACAUUAUAUGCAUCCUACAGUCCCUGCCUUAAUUGUUGUGAAGAAGUAUGCAAAUUUCUCAUUAACAGCAAAGAAAAAAUAAUCAUGAACUUAAAUAUUUCCAAAUUUUAUAACUUUCAUGAUUAUGACAAUAAAAUCAGUUUAAAAAUGAUGAGAGAAAAUGGAGUAUGCAUUAAAAUGAUGAAUAUGGAAGAAUAUAAGGCAUGUUUUUAUCUUUUUGUGGAUCCAAACGAGCAGUUUAAACCUUGUGAAGAGUUAGACAUUCAGUGUGAAAGAAAUGAAAUUGAACUGGAUCAUCUUUGGAGUGAGGAAUUUGAAGACUAUUUAUUCAGGAGGAGGAGACCAAACUCAGUUUUUUUUGCUUCAGAGGAUUUUUCACCCGGUCAUAACAACAAUGCACUCAUCAGACUGCAAGAAGACAUUGCAACACCAAAGAAGAAUAAACAAGAGAAGGAAUCACAGGCAAAGACGCCAGUGAAGUUGCCCCCCUUGAAAUAUAUAGAUUGCAAAGAAACACUUAAGAGAAAGCUCACAUUUGAUUAACCAGAAUUUAGCUUUCAAAGACAUGCAACUCCGCUUAUAAACCCAUAAAGUUAAAUGGUACCUGUCACCAUCAAUGAAAUUUAAUAUAUUAUAGAUAAG